AUGAGGACCAUCUCAUAUGUGAUCGACCCUGACGGCGAUGUCGAGCUCGUACUGAGAGAGCCUAAUUCUCACCAGAUCAUCCCUGAAAUCCACGGCAAUGGCCUCGCAACUCAGGGAAAGUUGAACGAAAAGAGACUCGAUCUCAUCGAGCAGAUCCAGGAAGGUCUUCAAGACGUACACGACACACUCCACCAAGAACCAGAAUGUGUCCGAGGCGAUAGUCUUCGCUCGUCCCUCGCACUUGGCGUGUUGGCUCGCAUGGUGUACCAACACGAACAUGCCGACCCCCCCUUCAUCGCCCCCUUUAACGGGUACAGUGUUUACAGAUCCCUGUGGCUGGUGAAGGAGUGUACUAAGCCUAUGCCGCAACAUGGCAGCUUCGGACCAUAUGUUCCCAGGUACAUCGACCUCAACGAUCGCAGAACCUACCCUUGCAGCAUCAAAGGAAGAAUGACACCAGGGCUUGAGAAGGUCGAAGGGGAGCUUUGCCGUAUGCCCCUGGCCGAUUUCAAUGACUCAAGUUGUUCAUAG